AUGUCCACCGGUACGCCCCUCAAAAACACAUUGCUAUCCUUUCCAACAGCUUCCACUCUCCUCAUAACCAUCAACCGACCUUCAUCGCUCAACUGCCUCGAUACCUUUACCCACAACGAACUCGAUCGGGUUUUCAGAUGGUUCGACGCUGAGCCCGGCCUUCGAUGUGCCAUCUUAACGGGUGUUGGGAGGAGUUUCUGUGCAGGCGCAGAUCUCAAAGAGUGGGAUUCCAAUAAUUCGUUGUCCACUUCUGCCUCAAGUCAAGCUCGUUCAUUACCAACAUCUGGUUUCGGAGGUUUAAGUCGGAGAGGCGGAAAGAAACCUAUCAUAUGUGCUGUGAACGGGAUAUGUUUUGGGGGUGGCUGUGAGAUGAUUAUAAAUGCGGAUAUGGUGAUUGCAGAAUCUCAUGCUGUGUUUGCAUUACCGGAGGUGAAGAUUGGAGUCGUGGCACUUGCUGGAGCGUUGACUCGGUUAGUUCGGACGGUAGGAAAACAGAGAGCCAUGGAAAUGGCGUUAACGGGAAGAACACUUGGGGCUGAAGAGGCGAUGGAAUGGGGGUUGGUCAAUAGAGUUGUAGGAACUGGCAAGAGUGUUGAGGAAGCUAUCAAACUGGCGGAGCUGAUAGCAGCAAAUAGCCCAGACAGUGUUAUCGUGAGUAGAGAAGGUAUUAAGAUGGGAUGGGAAGGUGUUGGUGCGGAGGAGGGUACUAGAUUGAUUGAACAAAAUUGGUAUAGUAGAAUGGACAAGGGGCCAAACAUGAAGGAAGGAGUGAGGAGUUUCGUGGAGAAGAGGAAACCGAAUUGGGUACCCAGUAAAUUGUGA